AUGCCAUCCACCAUCAUCCCCUCGUCCCGCAACGCCACGGCCUCGAGCCGACAGGCCAGCGGCACGUUCACGGGCACGGUGUGGAUGGACCCGAUCUACAGCGACGCGGGGCCGAACAUCAACAUCAACCACGUCAUGUUCACGCCGGGAGCGCGCACCUACUGGCACACGCACGAGAAGGGCCAGCUGCUGCGCGUGCUGGCGGGCGCCGGGUGGGUGUGCGACAAGGGCGGCGAGCCGCGCCGGCUGAGCGUCGGCGACACCGUCUGGUGCGACCCCGGCACCACCCACUGGCACGGCGGCGACGACGGCACCUUCAUGCUCCAUCUCGCCGUCAGCCACGGGAAGACUGUCUGGCACGAAGAGGUCUCGGAGAAGGAGUACCAGGCCAAGAAGAAGUGA